AUGAACUCUCAACUUCCAAAUUACAAAUUGCUUAUUGACUCCUGUGAAGCAUACAGCAAGUCACAACUCCACUUCGCGCAGUGCUCUUCAACACUUGCUGCUGCUUUAAAAACGAUGUGCCCGACUGUAGAAGGAUGUAACGAGAUCAACACUGCCAUUCAGAACGUCGCAGGUAUGAUUGAAGCCGAUGCCAACAGUAUUAAGCAGAGUAAUGAAGUAUUUACAGACAACACUACUCGUGUUUUCCGUGGCGAAGUGAAUGAACUUCCCAAGAAGAUCAAAGAGAUGAAAGACUCGAUCAAGACUGAUCGGAAGAAGUCUGAAGAAUCCAAAGAAAAAGCCACGAAGAAGGCAAAGAAUUUAAAGAAAGGGGACAACCUUAAAACACUUAUGGAGAACAUCAAUGAGUGUGAGAAAGUCGUUCAAAAGGGGAUAGUGAAAGGCUUGACUGAUACGACAAAUUUGAUGUGUGAAAUGUAUUGUCAAAUUAUCACUGGGAUGUUCGUUUUCUUAGAGCAACAACAAACGUCGUCUUCCUUGAUCACGCAGUUCCUUGAAAAAAACACUCCAAAAAUUAAAAAGUUGUCGAAGACUCAAAACGUCUGGCCACGCAGAGUAAAAGACUUGAUCAUCAACAAAAAGCAAAUUUUAAUCAACACUAAAUGGCUUUCAGACGAUUUAAAGCAAAUCUUGAAAGACGCCGGUGUCAAACGAAAAGAUCUUGCUGAUCCCGACACAGUACAAAUGCUCUUUGCUAUCAUUACAGAACAAGUUCAAGCCGGAAACAUUCCAGCAGAAAUCUUAGGAGAGUUACAACGGAAAGAUGACGCACCUGAAGUACACUCAAUCUCUUUAACUCCACGCGUUGAUUCAGGCGCAGAAAAUACAGAUAUAACUCCUCCACCUAUCCCUCCUUCUCCUAGAAGUGGUCCUAAACCAAAUGGCGCUCCACCUAAACCAAGUUCGAGACCUAAUGGUGCACCUCCUAAACCAGCUCCUAGGCGUGGGACUGGUGCAGCUAAAAUGGUCGCACCUCCUGCUGAUUUGCUUGCACCACCACCAGGGUUGGCUCCUCCUCCUUUGGCUCCACCACCUGGAGGUGCCGGAGCACCACCCCCUCCACCACCAAGAGGUUCUCCUGCUGGUGGGUCGAUGUUGGAACAACUUGGAAAGGCUCAACUCAAAAAGGUCGACAUGAACGCGCCGCGCCCGUCCGUGGCCAACUUGAACAAAACACAAAAAGUUGAUUUAACCAGUUUACUUGCAAAUGCCAUGCAAAAAAGAAGAGAGGACAUCGCCGAUGACAGCGAUGAUAAUGACUCUGAGGAAAGUGAUGAGUGGGACGAUUAA